AAGGUCAAAGCCGUCAUGGCUGCACUUUGCGACUUGCUGUGUGCUGGAUUGAUUGAAAAGGACAGUAACGGGGAUGUUCUGUGGACAUGGUCAUACCCAUCUGUGACAGAGAACCAAAGGAACCUAUUCAUAAGAAAGAGCAGGCUUCAAGGAGAAACAUACACUGACUUCUUAUAUGGACAGUAUAAACACACUUGGUAUUAUAUUAAAACUGUAUCUGCAGCAGAUCUGGUCAAGGUUACACAUUUCUCACUGGUGCUGGUUUCAAAAGAUUUCAACCCUGAAAAAUAUCAAGCUCUGUGUAAUAUUAUGUGCCAACUGUACAAAAAUACUGGUAAUCCUGCUUCCAUGCUAGAGAGUUAUCUGGCAGUUGUUACUAAAGGUGCUUGCAAUGGAGAAGAAAAUGGAAAGUUUACAGUUUCAGACUUUGAUGCUAGACAAGCUUAUAUACAGGGAUCAUUAAAAGAUGUCAUAAACAUGUUUGGGGUAGAAACUAUUGUCAUCUACACUGCUUUACUUCUGAAGAAAAGAAUAGCAGUUCUUCAUCCAAAUGUAGAAACCUUACUUAGUUUUAUGAGAGUUCUUCCAGCCUUGGUGUGGCACAGGCAGAACUGGGGAGUACUUCAUCCAUAUGUGGAUCUAGAGGAAGAUGAGCUGGAAGACCUGCGAGCCAGCACACCUUACAUUGCUGGCUUUACUGAUGCUGCUGUUGAAGGGAGAAAUGAACUGUAUGACAUUUUUGUGGCUAUGACCACCAGAGAAAUUACAAUAGCACCCCAGGCCAAAGAAUCCCUUGCAAUGGGUAAGCUCCACAAAGACAUAGCUAUGUUCAUGGUGCAGUGUGCAGAUAAUGAUGACAUGGGAGAACAGCAGGUAAUCAAGGAGAUAUCUGUAAAGACAAAAGAGCUCUUGAAUAAUUUAAAGAGCUUGGCCACAGUUGGAGAGGAUGACAAGCCUUACAUCUCUUUUGAAAUUUUGCAAGGAAGGAAAAUGCCACCAGCAACACAGAACUUUUUAUACAACUUGGCUGCAGCAGAAGGAAUGGUUAAAUUUUAGAACUUUACUCACUAUGCAUGCUGUUGAAAACAUUGAUAAGCAGUCCAACAAAGGAAGCUCUCAGAUUGCUUAAUAAUGCAUCUUUCAAGAGUGGUAUAAAUGCAUGCAAAAGGCAGUUUUUUAACAGGUUAACUCCAUUCCAAAAUUUUCUUAAUGUGAUAGUUACAAGAAAGAUGUUUCUAUAAAAGAUCAUAUUCCACAACUUUGAUUCACGUGAACAUUCCUUUAGUUGGGCUUUUAUUAUUUCAGAUCGCUUUAUUUCUAACUGCUAAAUGGGAUGUAUAAGGAUUUUGCCAAGUGAGAAUUAAAAGAAUAAUUUGCCAACAAAUUACAUAGGAACUGUAAAUGUAAUGCUGGGUUCUAACCAGAAAAAAUAAUCAUCGAAUAGAAAGUCUUUUUGAGGUUAUCUUUAAAUUGAUUGCCCUUUUGUUCAAUACAAUGAUCGAUCCUUACAAAAUACGUGAAGGGCAUUUUUUCAAACCUUUUUAUUAAAUAAAUUUGUCUAAACUACCAGACAUCAAUAUAAAACUGAACUGUACAAAUCUAUCUAUCCUAAAAUUGUUUACAUUUUCUACCCAACUAAUAAAUGUAAAAUUAA